AUGAAACACGUGUCUACAAAAGGGGAUAGAUCACCCAUUAUUGUCACGGUACUUGUGGAAGGCCAAGAGUUAUCAAUGGAGCUUGAUACUGGGUCAGCCGUGUCGGUGAUAAGUAAAGAAACCUUCCACAGAGGGUCUUGGGAAGCGCACAUCGAGCUAAAAGAAAAUGCACGGCCCAAGUUUUGGAAACCUCGACCCGUGGUGCUAGCACGCAAACCGGCGGUGGAACAAGCCCUGGAUGAGCUAGAGGCUGAGGGAGUGAUAGUGGGGGUGAAUUAUAGCGAAUGGGCGGCGCCCAUCGUGACUCCAGUAAAGAAAGACAGCAGUGUCAGGGUAUGCGGGGAUUUUAAAGUAACAAUUAACCCGCAACUAGAAAUCGACGAAUACCCCCUUCCACGCAUAGAAGACAUCUACGCCAAUCUUAGUGGGGGUAAACAGUUCAGCACUCUUGAUUUUCGCCAGGCCUACCUCCAAAUGGAGGUUGAUGAACAGUCCAAGCAUUACCUUACUGUCAAUACUCACCGAGGGCUGUUCCAAUACCAAUGCUUACCGUACGGUGUGGCCUCGGCACCUGCCAUCUGGCAGAGAGCGAUGGAUCAGGUAUUACAGUGCCUCCCAGGAGUACAGUGUUACCUAGAUGAUAUCGUAGUGACCGGUAAGUCUGAAAAAGAACACCUGGAUGUGCUGGACAAGGUGUUGCAGAGGCUGGAGGAGUAUGGGCUAAAGGCCAACAAAAGGAAAUGCAAGUUCCUCCGAGACUCCGUGGAGUAUCUGGGUCACGUGAGUUCUGCGGAGGGUCUACGCCAAUCGCCCAAAAAGACUAAAGCCAUCGUAGAGAUGCCAACACCCCAGGACGUAGCACAGCUGCGCUCGUUCCUAGGCAUGGUCCAGUACUAUGCAAAGUUCAUACUAGAUCUAGUUACGGUCCUAGCGCCACUUCGUCAUUUGCUUGAGAAGAAUGUUAAGUGGACCUGGUCGAAGAAGGAAGCGGAUUGCUUUGAGUCUGUUAAGAAGAAGCUGCUGGAGGACAAAGUACUAACCCACUACGAUCCCGACCUCCCGCUAGUUAUGGUCAGCGACAGCUAG